AUGACGGGUCACAGUCUGGAACCUACCACGGCGAGUCACAGUCCAGAACCUACCACGAUGGGUCGCAGUCUGGAACCUACCAGUCCGGAUCCGCCAGAGUCUCCCUCCAGUCCGGAUCCGCCAGAGUCUCCCUGCAGUCCGGAUCCGCCAGAGUCUCCCUCCAGUUCGGAUCCGCCAGAGUCUCCCGCCUGUCCUGAACCGCCAGAGUCUCCCGCCUGUCCUGAACCGCCAGAGCCGCAAGUCAGUCAGGAGCCGCCAGAGCCAUCAACCAGCCAGGAGCCGCCAGAGCCGUCAGCCAGUCAGGAGCCGCCAGAGCCGUCAGCCAACCAGGAGCUGUCAGAGCCGUCUGUCACGCUGGCGAUGCUGGAAUCUCCCUCCUGUCCGGAGCUGCCAGAGCCGCUCCUCAGUCCAGAGGCGCCUUUCCGUCCAGUGGCGCCCUCUACGAUGAUCUUCAGUCCUGGGCCAGCUGCAAGGGUCCCCGCUCCAGAGGCGCCACCUAAGUGGGCCAAGACUGAGGUAGAGCGGGGUCCACGUCCCACUCCGCCGUGA